UUCGCAUUCAGCCACAUUAUUCGCACAAAAACACCUGAACUUAUACAAAUUCACAUACCUAUACAAAAACACACACACUGGUAUAUCAAAACCAAAAAAACACACCUUGAUAACCGCCAAGCCCCACUCACACCUGUGAACCUAUCUCUCUUCUAUACCACAGACAUUUAUUCAACAACAACUAUACAACUUAUACUUCCAAGACUAGUUGGACUUGCGGAAUGUGGAAAUAACGAAGUAAAAGAUAUAUUCGAUUUGGAAAAAAAAAAAAUACCACGUCGUCGCUACGGUCUCUAUUCUUGAGUAUACCUGCGCCGUGGUAACAACUCGAGUAAAAAUAUUAUUUAUUUUUUUUAAUCGAUAUUUUUAAAAAAAUACGAAAAUUUUAAAUAUAUUACGAAUUGAUUGAUAAUAAAUUCCGUUUAGGAAAUUCGCGCAUUCGAACUUAGAAAAAUAGAUCACGGAAGAGGUUUUUUUUUUUGAAAAUUCAUAAAAUAAAAAAGAAAUGUGAAGAAAAUCCAAAAAUAAUGUGAAACGAUCGUUAAUCCAAAAAAAAUAGUGAUCUACCUUCACAAAAAGGCAAAAAAAAAAAAAACUUCCGCCAUAUUUUUCUUAAUCAUUUCAUGGAUUAAAUUCAUUUUGUGAAUAAAAAAUUGAAAAAUUUAAAAAAAGAUACAAAAUUUCAAAAGUGAUCUGCCUUAAAAGGAAUCAACUUCCGCCAUAUUUCCUUCACUCUUUUCACGGAUACAACCAAUUUUCCAGAUGUAGUGUGAAUAUUUUUCAAAAAAGAUACAAAUUUCAAUUAAAAGAUACCUGUUUUCGAUACACAUAAAAAAAAGUGAUCAAGUGAUCUUUCAAAAAAAAAAUUAAAAAGUGAUCUGCCCUAAAAGGAAGCAACUUCCGCCAGAUUUUCUUUCACAUUUUUAUGGAUACACCAACCCUCCGGAUGUAAAGUGAAUAUUUUUUGGAUAAAUAUAAAAAUUUUCAUAAAAAAGAUACAAGUUUUUUUGUGAUCCAAAAAAAGUGAUUUUUUUGAAAAAAUUCCAAAAAAAAAAUGAAUGUGUAACUUGGAGAUAAAUGUCCAACGUAAUUAUUCGCACUGUGUAAGUGUCAAAGUAAAAGGAAUUUAACACAAAUACCAAUACACAAAAGCCUUACAAACUAGUGCCCGGCUGCUGUGAGUGUGUGUUUGUUUGUGUGUGUAUUAACGUGGUAGAAAUAAAUUCUUUUACAAUCGCACCAUCUUCUCUUCGUCAUCUGGUUACCUUCAUUUCGUUUUUUCUUGAUUCGUUCUUCGUUCGGUUCUUCUUCGUUUAGUACCUAUCUCGUUUUUUGUUUAAUUUUCUGUUUUCGUCGUCGUGUUCUUUAGUAUUUUUUUUCUUAAAGGUUUUGUGGACACCUUGGGUUGGUGUAUUGAAUAUCACAAGCCCUCGAGAUCGUGUUAUUGAUGAUCAAACUACGUGAAAUAUCAAAUAUUUAAUGCGAAUUAACAGCGGUUGUCGCGUGUGACAAAAAAAGAUACUUUAUCUUUCCCUCUUUUCCUCCGUCAGACACAAUCUUUUUCUUCUUCACAAAAAAAAAAAAUGAUGGGUGAUUCGACACCGAUUUGUCGCUGCCGGGUUCUCUAUCUUGGCAGUGCGGUACCCCGACAAAGUAAAGAUGGCCUUCAGGGUAUUCAGGAACCUUUGCGAAGUCUUUAUCCUUCUGAAGGUGCAGUUGGAGCAAAAGGCAUCGACUCCUGGUUGAGUGUUUGGUCAAAUGGCAUUCUGCUGGAAAAUGUCGAUGAAAAUUUGAAACAAAUCACAAGAUUCUUCCCAAUCGAAUCUUUGCACUACUGCGCUGCAGUUCGACAAGUUCUUAUUCCAGAACGAGGUAAUUCGAAUCCGGAGCCGAAAUUUUUACCCCUCGAUUCACCAUUUGCAAGAAUGCCACGUGCCCAACAUCCGCCAAUAUUUGCUGCGAUUUUGCGCAGGACGACCGGAAUUAAAGUCCUUGAGUGUCAUGUGUUCAUAUGUAAGCGUGAGGCUGCGGCUAACGCUCUAGUCAGAUGUUGUUUUCAUGCGUAUGCGGAUAAUUCUUAUGCCAGACAGCUGGAGACUGGCGGCGGUGGUGGUGGUAAUGGGGGGACGAGUGCGGGUGGCGGGAGUAGUGUUUAUGGAACAUUGAAGAGUAAUGGUGCAGUGAGUAAGUCGAAUGGCGAUUUGACAGCAGUUGCGGGUGGAAGUGGAUGGCGAUCGAGGGCUGGUAGUACGACUACAUUGAAUAGUGUUGGCAGGCAAUCGAAUGGACAUCAUGCACAGCAGAGUCACAAUAAUAUUAUGAUGAAUGGUGGAUUGAGUAUGAAUGGUGGGGGGAGUAAUAGUAGUGCAGCUGAAGGAUAUACGUCUGUUAAAAAUUUUUAUGGCAGUAGUGCAGAUAUUCAUGUUGUUGACGACGGAGAUGGCUCAAUUUACAACGGCGAUGAGAAUCAUAAAGUCUGGAAUGGUUCGCAAGAUCAACUUGAUGGCAUUGCCAUGGAAAGUCCAUAUGAAGUAUUCUCAGGCAACACAUCAACUCUGGGUCGACCGGUGAGGGCUCGUCAAAUUAGUGCCCCCAUCGAGGUUCCACCACCGCCAAUGAAAGAGGAAAGUAAAAAGAAAAAGGACAAAAAAUCAUCAAAAUCAUCAAUGGGCGGUGGCGGAGUUAUGGGCGGUGGAAGUCAAAGCCUGUCGGGAACUCUAAUUCGACCGAAACCAAUCCAUGCAAAUACUCUGCAGCGUCCAGGAAUGCAUCAUGGUGGUGCAGCAAGCGUGAUGUAUGGCCCAGUUAGCGGUCCACCGCCAUCGCGACACUAUCACACAAUAAGUCAUCGAGGUUUUCCAAUGAAUGGCGCCCCACCUCCACCACACCAUCCACAUCAUCCACACCAUCCACCGCCACAUCCGAUGAUGGGUCAUCAUCCAGCGGCGGCCCAUCACAUGGGUCAAAUGGGAAUGCCAAUGCAGGUUAUGAUGCCACAGCAAUAUGCAACUCUGCAGCCAUCCCGGACGUCAACUUCGUCGAAGAAGAAGAAAAAGGACAAAAUGAAUGGUGGCAUCCCUGUGGGAAUGCCAAUUGUUCCAUCACUCUAUGCCUACCACGCUCACGGUCCACCUCCGCCGCAAGUGGCGCAGUCUAUGAUUGGUGAACCGCGACCAUUAGCAAUGAGUAGUAGAAAAUUAGCCGCCUCAGUUGGUAACGGUUUGGACGAAUCUGGCAACUCUGGAGCUGAAUCACCCGGUGGCACUGGCAUUUACCGAAGAAAAGGCCAUCUAAAUGAACGUGCCUUCAGCUAUUCCAUUCGGCAAGAGCAUCGAAGUCGAAGUCAUGGAUCUCUGGCUAGUCUACAAUUUAAUCCGCCCGACAUGAAGAAGGAACGUGAAAUUGCACAAAUGGUUGCUGGUUUGGAUUUGAAUGAAAACGGUGGCGGUGAUUCGGCGACACUGCAUAGAAAAUCAUCACAAGGACCUCCGAUGAUGAUGAAUGGUGGUGGUGGUGGUCCGGGAACGAGUGCACAAGCGAUAUAUGGGAAUGGUGGUGGAGCGGUAAUUUAUGGAAAUGGUGGUGGUGGUGGACCUUCGGGAAGUUUUGGCAAACCAAGAAGAUAAAAAAAUGUUCUUUUUUUGUGAAGAAAAUUUGGAGAAUUUUUUUUAAGGAGAAGGUUAGAAUUAUUUAGUUUGUUAUUAUUUUUUUUCUUUAAACUUAAAUUUAAUAUACAAAUGUAAAUUUUAUUAAAAAAAACGAAAUUAAGUUAAAGAAUGUGAGAAAUAAGUUUUGAAAGCUCAUGAAAAUUCAUGAAAUUGAAUAUGAGCAGAAAAAAGUCAAAAAGAAAUCGAAAAUAUUGGUCAAAGGACCAAAGACACUGGCUUAAAGGAGUCAAAGACAAAGGCUUUAAGGAGUAAAAAUACAUUUCUUUAAACAGUUUGAAGAAGGUCUUGGAUAUUCCCAUGGACCUGAGACUCUUGAAUAAUGCAAAUUGUCCGGCUCGAAGGACCAAUUUAAUUUUUUUUUUAAGUUCAAGACGUUUAAACUCAAUAAUCAACUACGAUAAUUGUUUUAUUUCAAAUUCGGCCCUUCAAUUAAUAAGGUUCUUAAGUUAUUUAAAUGCAAAAAAAAUAUUUUUUUUUUUUUGAUAACUUCCGAGAUUGCUUUAAAUCAAAGGUAUGGACAUUUCUUUUAAAAUUCUUUCUUUUCUUUCUUUAAAAAGUUUGAGUUCUAUUUUUUAAACAAAAAACCCUUAAGCAUCUGUAAUCAAUCGAACUAAGAACAUUAUUAAGUGCCACAAUCAAUUUGUUUGAUUUGAAGCUAAAAAAAAAGCAUAGAUCCGGCUCGAAGGACCUAGAUUUUCUUAGAAACAAAGCAAAACUCCCAAAACAGCUGCUUUUUCGACUCAAAUUCUAUUUAUUUGAGAAAUCUGAGGCAAAAUAUCCCUAAAUAAGUGUUACUCGGGGACCAUUUAUUUCUUUUUGAGCUUACAGUUUUCAACUCGAAGGGCCAUCUCUUUUUUAUUUUAAUUUAUGGUCUUAAACAAAUUUUUAUCCAAAUCGUUGGACAUUUCGGCCUUCAAUUUGAUAUAAUAGUCAAGUUCUUGGACUAACCCAACCUUAAAUCUAAUUUUUCAUUUAUUUACUUGCAAUAGUCAUAUCUUAGGACGAAAAAAAAUUCAAAUUCGACUCUAAGAACCAUUUUGCCCAAGAAGUGUAGUUUUCAGCUUGUAACAUUAAUUUUUUUUGUCUACUACAAAAAAAAUACCCGAGCAGUUGUCCAAAACAUGAAUUUUACGUAGUUAAUAUAAUCACGUCCUUAAACUUAUUAAUAUCCGGAUUGAAGGACCAUUUUGACUAAAAAGUAUUUUUUGUUAAUAAAAACAUAACAUAAAUCCGGAUCGAGGGACCACUUCUCACGAGAAAUGAUAAAUUUUAACUUGAAAUAGUCUUGUCUUUGUAUUUAAUCAAAUAUUAAUCCGGCUCGAAGGACCAUACAAUAAAAAAACUGAUGUAAUUUAUUUGAGACAGUCACUUCUUUUUUAAAAGAAAGAAAGUGAAUUGUAUGUUAAACUAAAUUUAAAAUUAAAAACAAAGGAACAAUUUACAAGCUAUUAAAUCAUUUAUCCAAUCAUUAUUUUAUUUACAAAAAAUAAAAACCAUACAAUAAUUAUAUACAAAAUAUUUAAUGUCUACUUACCCAUUAUUCAUCAUCCGAUUAAAAGAAAUAAAAAUAGAACCUUUUACAAUAUUAACAGAUAGACCAAAGCCAGGAAAAAUAAAUAGACUCACAAUGAGAAUCAAAUUAUUUCUUUAUUUAAACACAAAAAAAAAUAAUACAUUAUAUAACAAAAAAAAAAAAAAAUACUUAUAAAUAAAUUAUAAAUAGAUGCCAAAAAGACAAAAAAAAAACAGAUAUAAAUCGGUCAUACAACGAACAUCACAAAUUGGAAGAAAACACAAUAAAAAUAAAAUCAUUUAAGUAGUAUGAAAAUGAAAAUAUUAUAAAAAAUAUUUAAAUUUAAAAAAUUAUAUAAAAUAAAACAGAAAAAAAAAAAACUAUUAUAUGUGCCUUAUUAGGUUUUAAAG